UUGAUUGGAUGUCCAUCGUCAUUUCCGGAAAGUGUAGCGAAAGCGGAAAACUGAGUUAUUUCCAGUCUAACGACGUUAAUGCAUUAAAUGGAGCAGGACAGUUGUACAACUCUUGAACGCGCCCAUGUUGAGUUUAAAAAACGUAAUUUCUUACUGGCUGAAGAACUAUAUACAAAGUAUCUAACAUCAUGUUUGCAAACAAGAAAUUGUGACGCCGGUGACCUUGCUAUUGCUUACAACAACCGUGGGCAGAUAAAGUACUUCAGGGUGGAUUUUCAUGAAGCAAUGGAGGACUACGGUUCUGCAAUCGACUCUAACUGCCAAUUCGAAGUACCAUACUACAACAGAGGACUAAUACGUUAUAGAUUAGGUUUUUUCCAAGAGGCCCAGAGCGACUUCAGAAGGGCCAUAGAACUUAAUCCCAACUUCGAAGAUGCCAAAGUGAGCUUACGGCAGACACUGUUGGACCAAGAACACAAGAUGAACAGGGGAUAUUGAGAAUGUAUUUGGUGUCCUCAUAUCUACACCCGUACAUCAAAUUACAAAGACAUCACAAAAGGAAAUAUUGCCAGUAUGUCUGCAAUUUAGAUGAGCACAACUAAUCUUUCAUUUUAUGUAACGGAUGUUUUAAGAAAAUUUUCUGGUUAUGGUCAUUUAAAUUGUUGUUUACAUCCACAGACCAAUCAUUAUUUAUUUUUUUUCAAUAAAAAAAAUGGUUCACUAGUCUAAAGACCAAAUAGUGCAGAAACAAAUAUCAAUUGUUUUUUUCAGUUGAUGAGCAAUUUUCUAGUAUUCAUAAAUUUGCAUGAUAUCUUGACACUCCUGACCAGAUAAUUGUUUGUAUU